ACCUCGUUGACCUCAAGGAAAGCUGCUGUACCUUUUAGGCCAGAACAUUUACCUGCAGAGAAACAGCAAAGAGCUCGUGUAGCUUGGCUCGGAGGCCUGUGUGUACAGGCGUUUGUGGCGAAGUGUCAAUCAAUCAAUCAGCUCCACUUUCCCUGUGAUAGGCAUUAGGGGUGCUGCAGGGACAAGGGGAAAAAGCAACCUUUCCUGCCUCCGGCAGUGUUUGUCACUAAAGGAAGGGGACAGCCUGUUCUGAUGAGGACAGUGUCUGAUGGCAGCAGCCCUGGGGAGCCAGCACACUGAUCAGGGCAGAAAGCUAAAUGGCAAACGCUUGGUUCAUAGUUGAAGGCACCCUGUUCUGCUGCUGAUAGGCAGCUCUUCCCUCCCAGGUCCUGCUGAUGGGCAGCAGCCCUUUGGCUGCCAUGAGACAGGUGAGAUUAAGAGGCCGUGGGGCUCUGUGCGGUCUGCCCCAGCUUGUCCCAGAACAAGCACUGAUGGCUGAAGCUCUGCAGCAGCAGCUUCCCCACGGUGUUACUGUGGGGCGGGGGGGGAGGAUGGUGUGGGGGGUCUCUGAUCACUUUGGGAACAUAAGCACCAUCACCUACAAGUGUCGUGAGAUGGAUGCUGGAGUCUGACUCUGGCAGUUGUGCCUAAAACUUCUAUUUUAUUUCUGAAGACUUCUGUUUUGAUUCCUAAACAGCCUGAGUGACUAAAGAUCCCCAGGAUAGCCAGUGCCUGGCCUUGGACACAGGAGUCAGAGCAUGCUGCACGGGCUUUUACCUGAAUGCUAAUGAAAGCUAGAAGUAGUAGUUAAAAAUAAAUCGCAAGUCCUUUGCUUGUAGAAGAUGAAUCCUGAGCAGAGCAAAUGAGGGGCGGCACAGCAGCAACCAUCCUUAUGGCCUCCAAAGGUAGAGCAGGAGAAACGCUAAUCCCCUGCACAGCCUCGUCACCAAGAGGAUUAGGCAGGAUUUUUAUCGAGCCCAAGCAAGCGGCGAGCAGCAGCCGAGAGCUGACACCACGCAGGAGGGGCAGCAACUGUCCCAGCCGUGUCCAGGAGGGGUCCGUGCGUGGUGCAUCGCCGGGGUCCCCAUGGGCAGGCAGCGUGGCCCACCGGUGCCGAGGUGGAGGCAGCUCCUGCGCACCGGGUGCUGGUGGCUCCUCUCGCUCUCCGGGACGGUGCUCCGGGGGCUGCGGUGGCUCUGGAGGCUGGUGUGGUACCUGCUGUUCUGCUACAAGAGCUGCUGGGACGGCGCCUUCCAGGUCACCGAGGAGGGUUGGUGCCAGGGGCCAGCCGGGCUCGGCUGCCUGUGAAUAUGUCAGUCCCCGCUGUCCGUGGCGGCUUUCAGCUCGGUGUGGUGCUGCGGUCGAAUCUGGAAAGCGGCAGCCAGGGGAGCGAGGAGGAGGAGGAGGACGGGGGCUCCACUUCUGCGCUGGAGCCUGGGCAGGCAGGGCAGUGGCAGAGCGGCAGCGGUGUGGUGACGCCAUGCUGGAGAGGUUAGAGGCGCUGGAGGCCGACGUCCGCUUCCUCUGCACCGAGCUGGGCGCCGAGAAGCUGCUGUGGAGCAGCCGGUUCCUGGAGCUGCUGCGGGAACAGCAAGGCCUGCGCCAGAGGCUGCAGGAGCGCCCGCGGCGGUGGGACAGCGGUGACAGCCCCGAGCUGCUGGGGGAAGCGGAGGACCAAAGUGCCAGUGGGAGCGAGGGAGAGAGCCUGGCAGGACGCCGGUGGAUGGAGCCACGCUGGCAGCCAGCCCCGUGCCCAGGCAGUCUUUUGGGGCCAGCAGCUUCACGACAAGCAGAAAACGUAAGCAAAGGUGUAAGCGGGGUGUUGGUGAGACGGGAAGGAGCCACAUGUCCCUCCCUGCCCAGGCACUGCAGGACACAGGGCAGGACAGCGCAGUCCUGGUUGUGUUCCCAUGUCCUUGUAUGUGCCUCCAUCCUUCAGUGCCAGCCAGGCCCUGCCCCGUCCUGCCCCAUCCUGCCCAGCCCUGCCCAUUCAGCAGAACUGCAGCCAGUUCCCAGAAGCAGGAACCAGCCGGGAGGCAGCUCAGGGCAAGCCGCUGUCUCCUGGGCUGCCCAGGGCAGGUCACAGUCACCCCUUGCCCGGGGCCACCCCUGGGACUGACUGUGCCCUGGGCGGGUUGUCUCUGGUGGAGUCCAGCAAGGAGCAUCUUCCUGACCUGCCGCAACUUGUUGGGAGCUUCCAGGAACGAGGAGGAAGGUCACCGCCAGCUCCGUCACCUUGCACAAGCUGGCGACACCACGGCCACGGAUGGAUUGCAAAACACAAGCGCUGCCCCGUUUGCUUCCUCCUUGGCCAGUUGAGCCCCUCUGCCAGCUGCUCCGCACGCAUUGCGACUCUCGGCCGGCUCCUUGCGACAGCUCUCAGCGGCAGGGUGGGAAGGGGGAACCCUCUCUCCUGGGGGGGGGCUGAGGGGCCCUUGUCCCCAGAGAACGGCUCAGCCAGGGAUGCUGUGCCGCAGGAGUGCCAGCCCCGAGCGGAGCAGGCUCUGAGCUGCACGGGGCACGUCUGAGCAAACGUGCCUCUGCCCCCCCCCAAAGCGCUGUGUUGGGUCUGUCAGCCCCCAGCCCAGCAAAGGCAGAGGAAGCAGCCGGGGGGGUGGGGGCUGGAGGAGGGCGCUGAACCUCCCACCCCCAGGAGAGCGGACCCAGCAGGGCCACAGGCCCUCCACAUGCGACAGGAUCAGCCUUGGGCUCCCAUGCAAGACCUGCGGGUGAAGGGCCACCCUGUGCCCAAGCCCUGGUCCAGCCUCAGGGGGCUGCGUGCUGGCUUCCACCCUGCCCCAGGCCCCCCCCACCACUGCCGGCCUCUGCUCUGCUGCUGUAAAAUACAGGCGGCCACUUUCCAUUUGGUUGUGUGUGCUUGGUCUUUCCGCUGCACGGGCUGGGACAGCUGCACCACUGCCGCUCUGCAAAGACCCCGGUCCUGCAGCUCUUUGGGGAGAGGGUGCGAAGACGAGCUCUUGCUAAAGCACAUUGGGGACCAGUCCCCACCCCAUGGCAGCUGGGGCACAGAACAGCAUGUACCACAGCGGUGAUUCAGUCAGGGAAGCGUGCAUUGCAAACGUGAGCUGUGCUGCUGAAGGGAGCAUGUGGCAGCAGCACUUCCCGCCUGGGAGAUAAUCCUGCCUUGCGAGAAGGCUAUGCAAACCAGCCGCUCCUUGCCCAGAGAUGGGCAAACGCUUUUCAUCGCUGUUCCCACUGCUUAAAACACGUCUCGCCAGCCCUGUGCGCGCAGCCCUUCCCUGCGGGCCCUGGCACUGCGCUGUCUGCCACCGUCAGCUGCCUGCACCUGGGCAGCAGCGACCGCGCAACUGCCAGGUAAAGGGGGAACGAAGGACUCGCUGGCAACCGGCUUAUGGCAAAGGCUGCGGCUGCCCCUGAGAGAAGGCAGCCACUAAUUCAGGGGCAUCUGCCCUCUGGCACAGGCAGCAGAAGGCUCCUGCCGUUGCUGCCUGCGAGACCCACAGGCGCAGCUCUCCGGGAGCCCGGCGAUGCCGCCGCACACCUACACCAAGACUUGGCCUGUGCAUUAGGCAGGGAACAAAGCGCUGAACAAAUCUGUGCCCAGGACUGACUCCCUGCUCCCCAAGCAGGGCACAUGCCCUGAUCCACCACACAGGCAGGCGUCUGCCUCUGGGACAGGCCAGAGGAAACUCCAGUUUCUCCUGCCU